UCGACGAUAUCUAUGAUUUAGUCGCCAUUUUGCGCGUGAACAUCGAAGUCAACAGCUUCCAUCAUCGUAUUGAUAAGAACAGUUAUUUAUUACGUGGCACUUUAGAAAUUAGAAUUUAUAUGAGAAAAUGUCUUCUGGAGAGGAACAAGCCGAUCUUAAAGCGGGCCAUCCUCCUGCUGUGAAAGCGGGUGGUAUGCGCAUAACUCAACAUAAACCUCCAGUACACGAGAAACCACCAGAAAUCAAAAAAGGAGAAGAGGAGGAAGAAGAAAGUGAAACAAAAACUUCAACAAGUCCUCCAAAACAACAAUUAAUUAUUUCUGGAGUUCCUGUUAGAGGCGAUGCCGAUUUUCCUACCGAAGCGGUAAAAGCUUUUCAUACAAAACCGAUGCCUUCUCACGAGUACAGGCCGGCACCGAGUAAGCCAAGCAUGAUCCACCAACCGAGGAAAUAGUUACUGCCUUCAGAAACCACACGGAGAAACGACACUUCUGCACUUUGUCAGAUUAUGCAUUUAAUUUUGAUAUUUACUUUUUAGUUCGUCAAAUAAGAAUUUAUAAAUUUGAAAAAAUUAAACAGGUGACUCGUCAAAGUGCACUUCCAAAGAUCGAGUGCCGUCUGCUUGAAAAAAA